GGGGACAAGGCGGGGCGCGGGGGUGCGGGCGCCGGGCUGCCCCCCUACCACCGGCGAGUCGGCAUGGUCCAGGAGCUGCUGCGGAUGGUGCGCCAGGGCCGGCGGGAGGAGGCGGGGACGCUGCUGCAGCACCUGCGCCAGGACUUGGGCAUGGAGUCAACCUCCCUGGAUGAUGUGCUGUAUCGCUAUGCCAGCUUCCGGAACCUGGUGGACCCCAUCACACAUGACCUCAUCAUCAGCCUGGCACGCUACAUCCACUGCCCCAAGCCGGAAGGCGAUGCACUGGGCGCCAUGGAGAAGCUGUGCCGGCAGCUGACAUACCACCUCAGCCCCCACUCCCAGUGGAGGCGGCAUCGGGGGCUGGGCAAGAGGAAGCCACAAGCCUGCCUCAAGGUUGUCCUGGCUGGCAGCCCUCCAGACAAUACAGUGGACCUGUCGGGCAUCCCCUUGACCUCCCGUGACUUGGAGCGAGUCACCAGCUACCUGCAGCGGUGCGGAGAGGAGGUGGACAGCGUGGAGCUGGGCUUCACAGGCCUAACGGACGACAUGGUCCUACAGCUGCUGCCUGCACUGAGCACACUGCCCCGCCUCACCACACUGGCACUCAAUGGUAACCGGCUGACCAGGGCCCUGCUGCGGGACCUCACUGAGGCUCUCAAAGACCCCAGCAAGUUCCCCAAUGUCACGUGGAUAGACCUGGGCAACAAUGUGGACAUCUUCUCGCUGCCUCAGCCCUUCCUGCUCAGUCUGCGCAAGCGCUCCCCCAAGCAAGGCCACCUGCCCACUAUCCUGGAACUGGGAGAGGGGCCAGGCAGUGGGGAAGAAGCCAGGGAUGGGACGCAGGAGGACCCUGGAGGGGGUCCUCUGAUGCCUGCCAAAGACCACAGGGAGAACAGGGAGCCUACAACUGUAGUUCAGACCUGAGGGGCGUUCUCAUGGAGUAGCAUUUGGCUGCAGGUGGCAGGGGUUAAAUCUACACCUCAUUUAACCUGGGCAGGCCUUAAGAGAGCCAGAACCCCACAUUCCGUGCCACCCACCAAAAGUCCAGAGGAGACAUCACUGGCUCAGGGGAAGGGUACCACUCACCCCAAAAUAUGAGCACUGAUUUGUGGCACCUCCAGAUCUCAAAUCAGUGCCCUUAAACUUGAGCCAAUGUGCAUAACUGAGCAAUCAUUAAAUAUUGGUUGUCAGGGCUCCAAGACCAGCAUUAAAUAUGCUCUUUAGACUCCAUUUAUCUUUUACCAAGCCCUGCUGAGUUAAGAAAUAGACUUCCCCCCCCAAACUCCAUUCUAAAGGCACCUGGGCCUUCAUUUUGGGACCCACCCUUCAACUUGUUUCUAACAACCAAUCCAGCCUACAGGCAGCCCAGAACACCUACUAGAAUUGGCCUCACCCACUUGUCCCUGGGCAUUUGUAAUUUCCCAAAAUAUCCCAUCCCAGGUUAAUACAUUUUCAACUAGAAGCUCAAGAUCUAUGAUGAGAAUUCCCUUAAAUAAGAGGUUGGUGAACAAGCACAUGGAGGGGAACCCCAAGCAGCUAAGCCAAGGUUUGACAACACAGGACGCUGCUGGAGCCCCAGGACCCAUGUCUGCACUGAGACUUCAGGAGCUAUGCAAAGACCACCCAGAACUGGAGAUGCCUUACUCUUGGAAAGUCACCAAGAGGGAUAAAAGCUAAGACUGAUGACCACAGCUUGUGUCAAACUUAAAUCUUUUUAUUCACAAAUACAUGUUUCUAAGAAUCAGUACCAAAGAGAA